GGGAGAGGUUCCGCCGGGCUCCCGGCUUCUCUGGCUCAGUGUCCCCUACUCUGGGGAUCUGUCCCGAGCGGUCGGCGAGCUCCAAUGUGAAGUGAUUUGGAGCUUCGGACAAACGAUUCUUAGGACCCAUGCUGUCAGAAGUCCUGCUAGUGUCCGCUCCAGGGAAAGUCAUCCUUCACGGAGAGCAUGCUGUGGUUCAUGGCAAGGUAGCACUGGCUGUGGCCUUAAACUUGAGAACAUUCCUCCGGCUUCAGCCCCACAGCAAUGGGAAAGUGUGCCUCAACUUACCAAACAUUGGCGUCAAGCGGGCCUGGGAUGUGGCUGAGCUUCAGCUGCAGGAUACGAGCUUUCUGGAGCAGGGUGACGCCACAGCGCUCACUGCAGAGCAAGUGAAGAAGCUCAAGGAACUGGCUGGCAUCACUCAGGACGGCGCCAAACCCGAGGGCCUGGCUGUGCUGGCCUUUCUCUACCUGUACUUGUCCAUCUGCCAGAAGCAGAGGGCCCUGCCCAGCCUGGACAUCACGGUGUGGUCACAGCUGCCCACUGGGGCCGGCCUGGGCUCCAGCGCCGCCUACUCUGCGUGUAUGGCCGCCGCUCUCCUGACCGCGUGUGAGGAGAUCCCAAACCCGCAGAAGGACGGGGUGUCCACCAGCAGGUGGGCCGUGGAGGAUUUGGAACUAAUUAACAAGUGGGCCUUCCAGGGGGAGAGAAUGAUUCAUGGCAACCCGUCUGGAGUGGACAACGCUGUCAGCACCUGGGGAGGAGUGCUCCGGUUCCAACAAGGAAAGAUCUCCUCCCUAGAGAGGCCACCGGCUCUAAAGAUCCUGCUGACCUACACCAAAGUCCUUCGCAGCACAAAGACUCUUGUGGCCAGUGUCCAGAGCCGGCUGCUCAAGUUCCCAGAGAUCGUGACACCCCUGCUGACCUCCAUCAACGCGAUUUCACUGGAGUGCGAGCGGACGCUGGGGGAGAUGGCUGUGGCCCCGGCACCGGAGCACUACCUUGUGCUGGAAGAGCUCAUCGACAUGAACCAGCACCAUCUCAAUGCCCUUGGUGUAGGCCAUGCCUCACUGGACCAACUCUGCCGGGUGACCAUGGCCCAUGGACUGCACAGCAAGCUCACUGGCGCGGGCGGCGGUGGCUGUGGUAUCACUCUCCUCAGGCCAGAUCUGGAGCAGCCGGAGGUAGAGGCCACGAAGCAGGCUCUGAAUGACUGCGGGUUUGACUGCUGGGAAACCAGCAUCGGGGCCCCUGGCAUCUCCGUCCACUCGGCCGCCUUCCUGGACCCUUCCGUACGCCAAGCCCUGGAUGGUCUCUGAGAUGAACCUGUGCUGCUGCAGCCCCACCAAGAAGCCACUUCCUGGGGUAUUCUAGGUGCCAGAGUCAGCUUCUGUGCUGGCCAGUGGGCCCCAAGGCCCC